AUGAAGGGACUAGCUAGGAGUUACUGCUGGUGGUACGGAAUUAACAAGGAUAUUGAAAAUCUAGUUUCUAGUUGCAGUAAUUGUCAAUCACAAUUAACAAAUCCAAGUAAAGUUGAACCUCACAUAUGGGAACCAGCAGUGGCCCCUUUUGAAAGAGUUCAUAUUGAUCAUGCAGGGCCGUACAUGGGCCAUACUUUCUUUUUGUUAAUUGAUGCAUACUCAAAGUGGCCAGAAGUUCACAUAGUGAAGAAUAUGCUUGCGGAGACCACAAUUUUAGUCUGUAAAAAAAUCUUUUCGGUUUAUGGAUCACCCUGUAUAUUGGUCUCGGAUAAUGCACGAACCUUCGUUUCAUCUGGCUUUGAAAAAUUUCUGUGCGAACAUGGUGUUUACCAUCGAUUACCGGCACCCUAUCACCCAGCUACCAAUGCCCAGGCAGAGAGGUUCGUUCAGACAAUCAAGAAAGCCCUAGCAAAAAUCCCAGCGAAGUCCAACAUCCAAUAUGAAUUGCAAGAGAUCCUGACGCAGUACAGGAAUAUGCCGCAUGCUCAAACAGGCCUCUCCCCAGCGGAAAUGGUUUUCAAUCGAAAGAUAAGGGGAAGAUUGGAUCUGCUAAAACAAACACGUGUACCUAAAAGGAAGGAUUGCAAUAUCGAAAAGGAUAGCGGAACUUUUAAAGAGGGGGAGAGAGUGAUAGCUCGUGGGUACGUUGGGAAAAGUAAAUGGAAAUUCGGUAUAGUUGAAAAAAGGACAGGAAAACUACACUAUAGAGUGCGCACUGAUUGUGGCCAAGAUUGGCGCAGACAUAAAAAUCAGCUCAGGAGAACUGGAGUGCAGCUCGCAAUGCCGGUAAAUGAAUUUGACUAUUACAUUCCUCCAGAGGAGCGCAUACAAAUAUUGCGUACGGAUGAGAACGCUCCUCAGGCGCAUGAAGAGCAGCCCGAUAACGUAGCAGCCGACAGAGCAGCUAAAUCAGCCGAAGCGCAAGAUAACAUGGCUGAGUUUGUACAGCUAGCCGCACCACCCGCAUUGCAGCGCAGAAACCCACUCCGGAGAAGGAGAAGGCCCGAGACACUGCAUGAUUAUAUUGUGGAUGUCAGCCUGGAUGAGGGCGAGAACCCAGUUGAAAAUUUGCAUAGUUUUAAUAUAGAUUAA